AAGACGCUCGUGGAGGUUCGAACUCAAGACAACGCGGCGCCUUUUUUCCUCCAUUUUUCCUCCAUUAUUCCCCUCCACGGCCUGACACCUGCCCCAUGCCGCUCCUCCAGGGCCAGCCGUUCAGACUCGUCCAGCCCCCGGAGGAUGUGGCCCCGGGGGAGGAGAUAUUCACCAUUCAACACACCGGGGAGAAAUUCAGGAGCAAGAGCGACUAUGAGGACCGGCUGGCGCUGUACAGUCAGAGCAUCUGGACCUGUCAGUGCAGUGGGAAGUCUGGACUCACCCACCAAGAGGCCUGGACCAGCGAGGCCAAAGUCCGGGUCCUCCUCAACUCCUCCUUCCCAGAGCCCCUCCUGCCACCCAUCCUCAGGACCAUCCACCACAGUACAAUGCCCCUGGACCAGCUGGUGGAGGCAGCCUCAAAUCUGUGCUACUCGCGCUUCCACUCCGGGGAGGAGCUGACUCUCCUCGGACCCCAGCCCAUACAAGUUAGGGUACAGAAGGUGCGUGAGGACCUGACCCAGUCCUCCAUCAAGGCUGAGAAUGGCACCCCCAGCACACCACCCAAGCCUGUCACCACCACCACCACCACCCCCACCACCGUCACCCAAACACCACUUGUCAACGGGUGCAACAAUGGCUCGCCAGAGGGCGCCACUGGGGGUCACCUGGCUAACGGAACUGUAACCAUCAACGGUACGUCGGGUCAGGAGGAUGCCAGCCCAUCGCCUCCGCCCACUGCAGGGAAGGGCGGAGGGAAGGAGGACUCGCCGGGGAAGAAGAGGAGCACCUCGAACCCCCUCCUCCAGCACCUUAUCUAUGAUGUGAGGGUCAUCGGGGAGGACCGGGUCAUCACAGACGUUCCUGCCAGUCAUCUUCAACGGACCUAUCGUGUGCCCCCAAAGGAGCAUUUUCGGCUGUUUGUGCGUGCCAAUGCCAUCCGUCAGCGGUCUAGUGCCUACACACCCUGGAUCGUGUCGGAGGACCUGGUGAAGCGUUACGGCAUCCCCAACAAGCUUGCCUCCAUCUUCACCAACCCCAAGGCUCCCCCUGUCGGCAGGAAGCGCAAGGCUGAUCCAGGAGCAACCGAGGGAGCCGUCAAGAAGAUGAAAGCAGCUGAACGGACGGAUGUAAGCCUCAGUCAGCCGAAAGUCGAUCCCCCGCCUGGGCCACAACAACAACAACAGCCGCCUCGCAGGGGUCGACCAGGACGCCCACCAGGAUCAAAGGCGAAGCGUGACCCCAAUGCUCCCAGGAAGAAACCCGGGCCUAAACCAGGGUCAAAACGCACCCCUAAAGUCCCAAAACCUGAGCCCGGGCAGUCAUCACCCCGGAAGGUCAAGGUGAAGGUGGAGGCAAGUGAUAGCGAUGAUGACAUAGCGUUGGCAGUCCUGGCCGGCCAAGUCAACCGCCAGCUCAAGGUGGAGAACGGGAGCAGCCCAGGGGAGAAGAACGCCUCCUCCCCCAGCAAAUCACGGAAGAGAGAGAUCAAGAUGAGCCAAAAGAUGAGGCAGGCGACGCUGUUUGACAUGCGCACUCCCACCAAGCAACAUGGUGUCAUCAAGUCUGCUACACCCAGGAAGUCCCCCCAUGGCAGGACACCGAACCCUGAGGCCGUGAUGCGCACACCCAUCAUGAAGAAGAUGGUCCACCAGUACUGCACGCUGAAGGGACUGAAGGGCACCGGCCGCAAGCUGGUGCACACCAUGGACCAGGUGCUCAAGAAACUCUCCCUCCAGCAGAUUCAGGUUAUCCCGGACCUUGAGCUGCGAACCAACAUCCUGAAGCGACAUGAGCGCAUGCUGGAGCGCAAGGUGAUGGCCAAGAUGACGCCGCAGGAGAAGGAGGACUACGUGAAGCAAAAGGCCAAGGAGGAGGCGGAGAAACGGCAGCAGACCAAACAGGAACUGAACCGCAAGAUUGAAGACAAGCUCCUCUCCAACCUGAAGCCUCUCCCUCCACCCCAGAUGGUGCCCACCCCAGAGGAGAUCCCCAACUCCCUGUUCGGGGACAUCGCCAUGGUGGUGGAAUUUGUGGAGUGCUACCAUGAGAUCAUCAAGACUGACAAGAAGAAGUCCAUCUCCUGCAGCCAGCUCAUGCAGGCUCUGGCGGCUGGGAACAAAGGCUUCCGUUACCUGGCCGAGAUUAUGUGUCUGCUGUUGCACCUGGUUGUGGGAGACGAGCGAAUUGGCAAUAGCAAGGAGCUAGGAAUGAAGAUACGUUCCCUCCCCGUCCACUACCAGACAGCCACCGAGUUAGCACGUUUGUGCCUCUGUCGGCGUGACUUCUCAGACGUGGUCAGCCAACACUCGGAGGAAAAUGGCGAGGAGGCAGAGGAGCAGAACGAACUCUCAGAGGGCCUUAUACACAAGCUGGAGAACAGUGAGUUGUAUGAGCUGCAGCCUGCUGAGGUGAUCGCUGUGCUGAAGGCUCUGUGUCACCGUAUCAUUGCCUCAGAUGUGGCCCAGGAGCAUGUGGAAGAGAUAGAGGAGAAGGCCUAUCAGCUGUACAAAGAGCGGGCACAGGUCAAAAAGUUCAACCUGAAGGAGGAGAUGGAGCGCAAGAAGCAGCGACGACAGGAGCGCCUUAAGAAGAAGAUGGAGAAGAAGAGUGGUACGAGGAAGUCUCCUGGCCGGCCCAAGGGUUACAGCCCCCAGAAGGUGGCCAUCACCAUCGACAACUUCUAUGCCAAAAAGGAGUCCCAAGAUCAGAGUGCUAUUGAUACCCCACAGCAAAGGGAAAGGAGGAAGCGUAUGACAACAGAGGAACUGAAUGAGGAGAAAGAAAAGGCCAGGAAUCAGAUCAGACAACAACAACUGAAGGAGGAUGAGGAGAAGCAGAGGCAGUUUGUGGUGAAGGAGUGCGAGCGAGUGCUGCAGCAGAAGGACCUGGUCAUCCGCAUCCAGCCCCUCGGCUUUGACCGUAACCACGACCGCUACUGGCUCUUCAACGCCACAACACCCGGCCUGUAUGUGGAGAAGGGCUGGGUGGACCACCACACAACUUACAGCACUCAGGAUGACAAUCUCACUUCUCGGGAUGACAUUUUGGACGAGUCCAGCUCAGACUCAGAUGAUAAGCCGCUUGCAGCCAUCAAGGAGGAACUGACAGGAAGCCCCCAAAAGGAGACUGUGCUGGGGAGACCAAGGAAGCAGACAGUGGAUGAGAAGACUCAGACAUUCCCUGCAGUCGGACAGAACAUGUGGUUUUACUAUGACAACAUGGAGAAGGUGGAGGAGCUGCUGGGUGCACUAGCAGAGAAGGGCCACCGAGAGUCCAAGCUGAAGAUGGCCAUUGGACAGAUACAGAAGCAGCUUGAGGUCAACCUGGCCACAAAGUGGGAGCCACUAGAAGACCUUGAUGAUGGAGCUGUGCAGCUUGUGGAGUCGCUGCGAGAGGACAUCAUCCAAAUAGAGCGAGAACUGGUGGAGGGCUGGCUGGGGGCUGUGCCGGACUUUGAGGCGUGGGAAGCCAAGGCUCUGCAGGCCGUCACACUGCAGGAGCUGGGGGAGUGCCUGGUGGAGGCUCAGCGACACAUGCAAGUCAAGAACCUCAAGGGCAUGAUGCAGCCCUCCAAGAAACUGAUCCCAGUGGCACCCGCAGAGGGCUCAGAGGCACCCACCACAGAGUAUGAGGAGAUGGAGAGUGCAGCAACCCUGCAAUGGCGUGAGGCAGUGCUCAGCUGCCAGACCUUCUCUCGUAUGCACAUGCUUGUUGGUAUGUUUGACACCUGCAUCAAGUGGGAGAAGUCCAUUGCCACAAAGAAGUGUAAGGUGUGUCGGCACCAGAACAACAUGAUGCCGCUGGCCAUCUGUGACAAGUGUGAGGUGAGCUACCACUGGAGUUGCCUGCGGCCACCCCUCAAGGAGGAGCCUGAAGACCCCUGGCUCUGUCCCGGCUGUCGCCCCAAGCAUCCCAUGCAGCUGGAGAGGAGAAAGGCAAGACAGGAAGGGAGACAGCAGAUGACGGAGGAGUCUGAGGAGCCGUGUGAGAAGGAGAAAGUGUGUCGAGUGUGUCUACGAGGCCUGGGGCUCAUCUUUUGCUCCAUGUGUCCUGCUGCCUACCACUCCGAGUGCCACGACCCUCCACUUCAAACCAGGGCCAGGAAAGACUGGGCGUGUGUAGACUGCACUAACAGAAACAAGAAGCGUGGCUCCAGCAAGUACACCAGCAGUAGUAGCCGGUCCCGCCAGCAGCUGGCAGCAGCAGAAGAGGAGCGCCCAGUGGCCCAGCCCAAGGCCAUACCAGCAUCAUCAUCCCGGGCACCUAGAUACAAGGAUGAGACACCCACCCCCACCACUCCUCCCAGAAGGAGCUCCACAUCCUCCAGGAGCGGCUCGAGAAGUUCCCGGCAUAUCAGAGCCCAGAGGGUGGUGGUGAGCGAGGCCAGUCGGAGGAGCCUGCGCCGCACCUCUCGAAGAAAGUAUGUGGAAAGUGAUGAGGGUGAGGAUGAUGAUGAUGAUGAUGAGGACUCUCCCAGCAUUAGCCAGAGGAGGAGCACAAGAAGAACAACAGUAAGGAAUAAGAACUACAGGAUUGCUAGUGAUGAGGAAGAGGAAGAAGAAGAAGAAGAGAAAGAGGAAGAGGAAGAAGAGAAACUGGAAAUGAUUGAAGAGGAAGAUGUUGAGAUGCAGGAGGAGGAGGAGGAAGAGGAAGAUAGUGACCAUGAAGAAGAGGAAGAGGAGGAGGAGGAAAUGGAAGAAAAGCAUGAAGACUCAAAAAGUCAGAACAUAAGUCAAACAUCUGAAACUGGUGAAGAAAUGGAGGAGGAGGAGGAGGAGGAAGAGGAGGCUGAAGAAGAAGAGGAAGAGGAAGGGCAGGAGGAGGAGGAAGAGGAGGAAGAUGAUAAAGAAGAAUCUGAUGAGGAGGGAGUAGAAGAGGAGGAAGAGUAUCAACAUCAUCAGGAACAAAAGCAAGAAGAAACCGAAAAAGAAGUGGAUGAUGAAGAGGAAGAAGUAGAAGAGGAGGAGGAAGAUGAUGAUGAUGAUGAUGAUGAUGAUGAUGAUGAUGAUGAAGGGGAGGAGUCUGAUUGAUUAUGAUGGUGACGAUAAUAACUAUCAUCAUAAAAAAAUGUGAAUGAAAGGAGCAUAAUAUGGCACCUUCCCCUUCACUUUACCCUGCGAGAUAUUACAGGGAAAGUAAUGAUGUAAAUAUAUUAAUGACAACUACAGUGUGUCCCAAGUGUACCCCACCAAUGCUCGACAUUCAUUCUAUCUUUUCUCUCCUGUUCUCACUUUCACUCUCACUCUUGCUCUCUUUCUCUUCUUGAAAAGAAAGUGUUACAUUGCUUUAUGUUGCACACAGAAAGAAGUGGACAGUUCCUAGCCAUGUCAGGGGAAAGUGUUCUUGUGUGGUGUAAGGCACAGUAUGGAGUGGAAGGUGUUCCUGUUAGUACUGGUAAAGUUAAAGGAAUCUGUGGAGCUGUGGACACAAAAUUGAUGGUCAGAAAAUUGAGGCACAUUAUGAAGUUCAUGGUCUUGAAAAGAUGAUUUGUAUUGUCCAGGAAAAGAAGUGUAAGUGCAUCGCCUUGAAAAGUAGAUAAAUUGAUCCAAGGUUCUUUGUCCCAGACAAAGUAAGGGGUUUGUACAUAGUUCAGAGAAAACAUAGAAUGUGCAACUUGCAAGAAUGCAACUUGGUUUUGUAUUAUAGGUUCUGAAAUACAUGAGAAAAGUACGAAGUAUGAAAAACUUGCUUACAUGUAGCACAUUUUUCUGCCUCAUCACUGCAAAAGCACCACCAAGGACAAAGCAGUAACUAGUUUAGUGUUUUCUAACAUAGUCGGUUUAACGAGGUGUCUCCCAUCUCCCCAGUCCCCUUAUCUACACUGAUUAUUAUUAUUAUUAUUAUUAUUAUUAUUAUUAUUAUUAUUGUCAUUUUCUUUGAACUCCUUCACUCCAUUCCCCAUCUGUAUCCUGCCCACUCUUCACUAACCUCUCACCAUCACCAUUCCUUUUCUAACUCCAUCCUGCCUUCCUCUUUCAUCACUUCCUCCUGCAUAAUUAACCUUUCUCUCCUGCCUCCCACUUCAUUUUAUCAAGUGGCUGCCACCAAAAAGUGCUUCAGGCACCCCUUGGCAGAAUCUUAAUGUAUCAUGUUAAAAGAGCACAUCUCGGUAUAUUUAGAUGAUGCUUACCUCACUGGGUACUCAUUCUGUGCCUAAGUGUAACCUUGACAACAUUCCACGAAAGAAAGAGGAGGAGGUAGAGGUGCAAGAGGGAGAGGUUCAUGACAUUCAUUCUAUUCAAGGAUGUGAGGAGUGCUGAGAAGAGAGAAUUUCCUUCACUUUCCUAUCCUUUCUGUUUUUGUCUGACUACCCUCUCAUUUCCAUACUUAACUUCUCUACAGUAAGUCCUCAAAUAACAUUUCAUAGUUAUGUUCCAGUUUUCAUUGCCUAUUUGACAUUCUAAUUACCAGAUUUUUAGAAAGAAACAUGCAGUAACCCCUUGAACACGAGGACGCGUAUACUGCGUCCUCACCGCCCUCGUAUGAUAACUGAGUAGGCAUAUGCUGCGUCCUGGAUAAGUUCUGGAAUUAUGUAAAUUUUUUCCCGGAUAUUGUACGAGAGCUUUCAGAAUAUGGGUCGUGUAUGAUACGACAGCUUACCUAGCUUUCAUUAUUAUUACAUUGGAAUGUGAGUUGCCUAUAUUAGGGGAGGUAGCCUAUUGAUGCACCCUUCUGGUCCAUGCUUGUGUGAAGUGGUAUUUUCCACACUCUAAUUCCUUUCCUCUCCUGCACUUAUCCCCACAAGCCUAUCUACCCAUUAGUUCUAAAAUAAGGGAGUAAUAUUCAGUGAAUAAAUGAUCAAUGCAGUACUGCAUAUUUCUUGUAAGUUCAUGUAUCCACCUCAAAAUUAUCAGUGAAUUUAUGUUUGUCUUUAUGCACUAUUUAAUUCCCCUUAUGCUGAUAUAUUAUAGAUAAUGAUUAUGUUUAGUUUUAUGGGUUAAAUCUAGGUAUAUUCAGUGAUAAUGUUUCAAAAUUGGCACUCACGGCAUUCCCGGAUAUGCCUCAAGACAUGCCCUCAGCUUGGUCAUAGCGAAGGGAUUAAUAAAUAAUUUGGAGUAGUAUGAAAUGUUUAAGCGCCCAGAGAGAUGAAAAGGAAAUUUCAGAUGCUUUGUCACCACUCCUGUUCCCCAAACAAGUUUUAAAACUAUGAUAUGUUGAAGUAUUUGAAGAAUUGUAAGAGAAAAUGGUGGAUGCUUUGGCACUACUGACAAUCCUAUCUAUCCUUUGUUGACACACAUUGUCUGACCACGUUUUUGCAAGUUUGUUCCAGUUUUCUUUAGCCAGUUUUUAUGGAAAAAGAUGCUUUUGUUUACAUGUUCUGCAGAUUUUAAAAUACAGGAAUUCCCCGCUAUCCUACGGAUGGGCUGCAGGGAAAGUGGUUGAGUAGCAAUAUUGUCAAAUAAUAAGUCUGUUUUUCCAUAGAAACACAUGUAAACAAUGUGAGUUAGGUUCUAGACUACCUCCUUGAUCCAAGAACUAUUCAUUAAUGAAAAAUCAGAUAAAAUUUAUUGUUAUAUCGUUUGUAAGCAGUAAGUGCUUGGGCUCAUGCCAGUAGAGGCUAACUGCUUGUCCUUCUUCAAAAUCAUUAACACAUUUGACUUUGGGUUCUUUAAGUUUUAGUAUUUUGGUGUGGCCAUCACCAACUCCAUGCCUUUGAAUAGCUUCUACUUUUGAUGACAGGCUGCUGAACCUGUAGUAGCGCUUGCUUGGAGUAGUAGUAGGGGUUGUUGGUGGAGCCAUGGUGGUAGUGGGCCACAUGGCAGAGAGGGUAAGUGUGAGGCAGAACCUUCCACUUGACUAACUACCAAUAGCUGGCAGGUGGACAGAUGUCUGGUGCAAUUUGAAAAUAAAUAUUUGGUGCAGAAUUAAAACAUUAUGUCAAUGGCAGGAAGUGCUUGGCAAAACAACAAAAAGGGUGGAUAUUUUGAAAUGUCAAAAGAGCAAAUUAUCAAAUAAUGAAUGGUUGAGUAACCGGGGUUUCCAGGAAAUUGCUUUUUAUUAAUCUUUAAUGUGUGUUAAGGUCACAUUUAUAUUUUUAAUGAUAGAAGGGUUUAGGGUUUAUUUAAAAGUUACAUUUUUGUGACCAAAAACAUGCUGUAAGAACUUACAUGAUUGUUUAUAUCAAUUAGUCCCUGGUUGAAUUAGUUUCAUUAUGAUUUUUCUUAAUUUUACUUCAAGUUACAGAUGUCAAGAAUAUCAGUAAUGUUAAAUGAGGACUUACUGUAUUUUACUGUGGAAAGAGGAAAGGAAAUUUUUUAUUCUCAACACAAACUUAAUUUUUCUGUCUUCCCCUCUAUUGACUCUUGAGUGUGUGUUGUGUGUGUGCAUUUGUUCAUCUACAUGUGUGUGUAAGUGCAUGCAUCCAAGCAUGUGUGACCUGCAAGCCUGCAUUUAUGUUUCACUCUGUAUGGUCCUUUGUAUCACACAUCAACAAUUUAUCCACCCUCCCUUUCACAAUUUAUCCACCCUCCCUUUCACAAUUUAUCCACCCUCCCUUUCACAAUUUAUCCAUCCUCCCUUUCACAAUUUAUCCAUCCUCCCUUUCCCUUUCCUCUGUUCCCUCUACAUGGGAAGGAGUGUACUUCAAAGGGAGUUUGUCUUGUGAUAUUUAUGUAAAUACUCUUCUGUAUAUUUAUCUCUUCAUCUGUUUUGUUGAGCUUAAUUAAUGGCUAAUAAUAAUAAGAAAAAAUGGUAGCUUAUUCUGUCUGGUCUGGUUUCCCCUCGUGCUGCCUAUAAGUUUGCUAAAGAUCACUAUUGGUUGACUGGCUGGUGAGCUGGACACUAAAUUAAGUAGAUUAAGUACAUCUCCCUGCAGGGCAGAGGCAGCAGCAACACAUCCCCCAUGCACUGGUCUGCUCACAAGCACACAGACAUACUUUAGGAUAUUUUAAGGUUAAAUGCAGACCAUUAAUUUUAAAAUUAAUAUUUCCUGUAUGCUUCAUACAAGAUUACAUUUGAACUUCUUUCUUUGAACAUGCUUAUGCUGUGCUGAUUUCCCUCUUAGUUCAAGUUUCAUGUUGGGUCUUACUUAAUAUUUUUUUCUACACUUCUUAAGGAAGGGAAGAUUUACAAGUGUUACUCACCAACACCUACAGCUGACAGUGUUUUAGGAAAGCUGCAGCCAAUUACUUAGCUGUGGGAGCCCAGAAUGAAGAGCAAUGUAACUUGUGAUCCCCUUUUGUCAAUCCUUUACCAUUUCUUGUAGUCUUACCCUCACAUAAAGCAGUGAAUAGUGCACAGGAAAUCAUUAAUCUCAGAGGAAGACAGUAGGGCUGUGAAAUCACCCUUGUAUUGUGUGUUUUGUCAUAUGCCCAUCAUGUUUUGAUAAGGCUCUGGAAAGCAAGUUUCUCCAUGCUACAUUGACUUGAUGUUCCUCAUCAUUGUGUCUCUUGCAUCAUCUUCAUAACUCCCUUGUUUCAGCAAUGUUCUCGGGGAUUCUCAUACUAUUUUCCAUCAUCAGGGGGCCCAAGUGGCUCCACAAUAGAGUUCUUGACUAGUGUCCAUGAGGAUGCAAGUUUGUGCCUUGGCCAUGGCAGUCUUGGUGGGAGCAGUGGCUUAUACCCUCAGAAGUGGUUGAGUGACCUAUCUACUAUGCGAUUAUUUAGUAUAAUCUUCCCAUCCAUCACUGAAUUUCUCAUAUAUACUUCAAAAUUUGCUGUUGAAUUUCUGAUUUUUAUUUAUCAUUGAUUUAUCAGGCUCCACCAGUUGCUUAUGAAAAUACUCUAACAUUUAUCAUUUAAUAAGUAAAGUAUUUCAUUCUUGUUCAAGAGGAAAACCCUUCCUUGGUGGAGGGUUGACAGGCUUUGGUAUCAGUUUUGUAGUUUAGUGACUUCUUUGGACUCUCCAUUGGAAGUCACUGAACAAAACAUAGAAUUCACUGACAGGCUGCUUCUUUUCAAGAUUGACCCACUCAUUGAUGGCUGUCAUAGAGUACUUACAGGCAGAAGCAUGGCUGUUUCUAGCUAUGACUUUUGCUGCAUCUCACGUGGAAAACUGAUUUUCCUUCUUACCGACUUACUGCGCAAAUGUGACGGCGCACAUUCCAAAACUGGAUACAGCCAUGAUCAUGUGCAAAGAAUAGAGAUCAUGCUGAGUUACAGAUAAAUGCCUGCAUAAAAUUUGAGUUGUGGUGUUGUGUGACUUGUGUUGCUGCUUCUUACCAAAUUCAAAAGGGAGGGAGGAAGGCAGUGGUGGUGACUAAGGCAGUAAUCACUGCAACUGUUACUACUAAACCCACCACCUUACCUCUCUUCUUCCUCCUUGCCUCUCCCCUCCACUCCCUCGUCUUGCUAGAAAUGGGCAUCUUUUCUCUGGCAUCAUCUGAUUGAACAUACGAUAACUAUUUCAUAGGUAGGUUCCCAUGUUAUUAUUAUAUAUGUAGACAUUUUCCUGUUAGUUUUUUAUGCUGCCUAAGCUAUUUUCUCCAGUGUUUGAGGGCAUCAGGGAAGAAGAAAAAGCCAAGAGGGGAGGGAGAAUGGGAAGACAAUAUUAAGGCUUGCUGUUCUCUUAUGAAGGGACUUGUAGUGUAUAUAGUCAUGAAUAAUGUCUUUGAUGUAUGCAAGAGAAAGUAUCCCUGUCAUUGGAUAGGCUUAAGUGAAAGUCAUCUGCAUCAUCUACGAGUAUGUGGAGGGAGAGAAUCAAAUAUAUGUGAUGCUACACUAUACAUGUACACACACACACACAUACACACACACACAGAACAGAGCUUCAUGGUAGUUAAGCUUGUAUCACAGACUACUUGUAAACAAAAAUGGAAAGGAAUUUUUUUUUAAAUUUGAAGUGCAAGAGCAAAAGAGAACCAUUCCAUUGUUUCAUGGAGCACUGACUCCUACAGACAUGACUACUUAGCUUUGUCAUCCAGGGACUUGUGAGUUCCUAUGUGUUUAAUUGAUUCUGAAGUGCUUUAACAGGGAAGGUGAUAUGUGUUGUCUGUUCUCUAAGAGGUGGUGUACUGUGUUGCUCCCUGAGUAUUGUGUGUGUGUGAGGAGGAGGAGGAGGAAUGGGAAGUGACUGUCAUUAGGAUGAAACGUGAAAGUGAUGUUAUUAGAAGAUUGGGAAAAGUUAGUCAUUAAACUCAUAUAUUUUAUUAAUUUUCACCUUAAUACAAUUAUAAUAGUUUUCAGUGUUACACCAUCCAUGUAAGUGCAGAGAAAGUAAUGUCAUUCCAUGGUGCUUUAAUAAUUUAAUUUUACAUAUGUUGUAAUAUAUCAAGAAGAGCACUGUUAUUGUCCUCAGCAGAAAAGAACCUGAGCUAAUUUACAACCACUUAGACUCCUGCCUCAACUCGCACACCCGAAGGUUGACACCACAUCCUCUUUACUCUCCUCUUGAUUGUACAUAAUUAUAUGAAAUGAUGUUUGGUGGGAAAGUGUGUGCAUGAUAGUGCUUAUAUGUAAACAGCACUGGUAGAUAUAUUUUUCCACUCCUAGUAAGGGGUACAUAGUGUUAUGUGAUAAAGGUUCAGGUUGUGUAUGCUUGUGCAUAUGUGUGUCUGUAAUUUACAUACCGUACUUUUAAUUCAUUUACUUGCAUCUUCCUACUCCAAACUACAAGCUCACAUGGGUUGACCACCACCCAUUUGCAACAAUCCUUGACUGAUACCCAGUACCUAUUUACUGCUGGUUGGACAGGGGCUCAUUAUACAGACUGCCCAUUUGUUUCCACCCUGGCCAGGAAUCAAACCUGGUAUCUCUCAGUUGUGAACCGAGCUUGCUAAUUUCUGCACUACAGAGUGCACACUCAGACACAAAUGCUGGGGAAGCAGGAGGCAACCCACAAUUGACACCUGGCAUGCAUUCACUGCUGGGUGGACAGGAGCAUGGAUGAAAAGAGACUGCCCAUCUGUCUCUAUUCUGCCUGGGAAUCAAACCCAAAAUGUCUUGGUUGUGAGGCAAGCAAGCUAACCACUACACUACAGUUCCGAGUGUGUGUGUGUGUGUGUGUGUGUGUGCUUGCGUGCGUGUGUUAUUUCAGUUAGUUUUCAUUUCUAUCGUACAUAUUGUCAAACUUACCAAUAUUAUUUUGUACCUCAGUGCUUUCCUUUUGUUGCUUCAUAGGAAUGCAUAUAUAACAAUGUUCUGUGCUGUAACAAUACUCAAGGUUAUACAUCUUAAUGACUACCUAGCAGUGUUAAGCAUGGUUAUGCCUUCUUUCUGACCUCACAUUUGAUAUUUUGUACUUUCAUGUACCCGACCAGCUUUUAGGCAUGGCUAUUAUUAUGAUUUUUCUUGAAUUUGACUAAACAUUUAGUUCUCGAAAGUAUUAUUUUCCACUCAGUAUUGUGUACCAGUAAUAUGUGGACUUGAAGGGGCACUUUAUUGUGGUGUUGGGGAAGCAGAUCUAUUUUACUUUGUUUUAACAAUGGGAGUCUGUCAUAUUCAACCCGGUAGCAGCGACGGGCCAAAUUUGUGGCUUUACUGUGUACCAGCGACAGGCCAAAUUUUUGCCAUGAUAUAACCCCCUCAAAAUAGAUGAUGCAUAAACUGAUCACAAAUGGGUUAAUAUAUAUUAUGAAAUGGUUUGCGUGAGUGAUGAUUUUUUCUCAUCAAUUCACUUAGAGGGGCCUUCAAGAAACAUGAUCCCCGCAGCUACUGGGUUAAGUUCCUUGUUAGUUUCUCUGUCAUCACUUUAUUAAAACUGUAAUUCUAAAAUGUCACUACUCCUGGUGUGAUGUGAUGCAACAAUCCUAUUGCAGUAUAUAAUACUGCUUUAGCAUAUGGCAAUCCCUGUUUUAUCAGUUAAGUCAUUUUAAGAUCAAGUUGCCAAUCCUUCCAUUGCAACCUUUUUCAGGAUGCUUUUGUAGUUCUUUUUAAGUUAAUAAGUCAAGUUCUAAGUUUUCUUAUUACAGUAUGGUAAGGUAGAGUUGGGUCCCAUUCUAAGCUGUAUGUUGCCUUGGCGCUCAUCUCUGCCUCUUAAGCCCUCGGCCCAAAUUUGUGACGUGACAUCAGGGCUACCACAGUUUACCUUCCCCAGCUUUCCCGAGGUCACAGUUAUCAGUCGGGUGGGUUGUGCACUGACCAUCCCAGGCUGGGAUCAUACCCAUGCUUGUUAAGCUUGCCAGCCACUUCACCACGGAGGUGCAUGUGACGGUGACCUGUCUUGAUUCUUUUCAGACUUGCUUCAGGACCACUUUUGUGUAAUCUUGUAGUAAGAUUUUAGAACAUCAAUUUCUUUUUUACUCUGGUGUCCUUAAAAUGCAUCAUGACAUCCAGCCAUAGCUUUACUGGACGUGACAUUUAAUGUUUUAUCCUAUGUUCAGGAGAGUCGUCCGGUUACUUAUAGGCCGUUAGUCUAUUUUAGGACAUCCCAGAUUGUCUUGCUUUAAUGCAACUGCAUGUUAAUUAUCAUUUAAGUCAAACACUUGUUAUUUUCAUGUUCCAGUCACUUUUUUGCGUUAUUUUCUCUCUCUCUCUCUCUCUCUCUCUCUCUCUCGCUCACUCAGAUUUAUUGCCUUGCUUUCCACUUUUUCUUCUCUUUCCUCGCUCUUGUUGGUAUCACUUUCAGCUACAAAAUGGUGCUUAUUCUAUUUUUUAUACCCUUGGCCAUGAUGAAGGCCUGUGUACUUAGCUUUGUGCGUGCGCGUGUGUGUGUGUGAUUAUUAUUAUUAUUAUUAUUAUUAUUAUUAUUAUUAUUAUUAUUAUUAUUAUUAUUAUUAUUAUUAUUAUUAUUACUUGUAGCCUCUUUUGUAAAUCUUUUUUUACUGGUGAUGGGGAACUGUGUAGAGGGUUAGACACACACACACACACACACACACACACACACACACACACACACACACCUCGGGGUCUAUCCAUAAGCAAUCGUACAAACUUAGCUUAUUAGUCUUCUCUGCUAUUUUACACUCGCGCUUGUACAUAUAAAUAAUAAGUAACCUAGCUACGAGAGAGAGAGAGAGAGAGAGAGAGAGAGAGAGAGAGAGAGAGAGAGAGAGAAUGCAAUUAUCCUUUCUUUUCCUGCAGGUUUAGAUUUAGAGAGGAAAAGUAAAAUGAUGUAUACGUGGCAAUAUCAGUUUUCCCCUCAUAUCUACCUCUCUCUCUCUCUCUCUCUCUCUCUCUCUCUCUCUCUCUCUCUCUCUCUCUCUCUCUCUCUCUCUCUCUCUCUAACCCCUGCUACUGUAGAUUUGUUUUUGUACAUAAGUAAAUUUAAAGAAUGAAAAAAAUGUCGAGAAACGUUCAGCUAUGACUAAAAUGAUCAUCGUUAUUAUUAUUUUUAUUAUUAUUAUUAUUAUUAUUAUUAUUAUUAUUAUUUUUAUUGUUGUUGUUAUUAUUCAGGUACUGUUUUGUGCAUUUUCGUCUCCUUUUUAUGAAUGUUUUUUUUCUACGUUGUUUUUUCCCUCCAGGUUGUUAUCGAUCCUCUUUCUUUAACACCUUCCUCCCCCAUCUUCCUCCUCCUCCUCCCCUCCCCUUUUUCCCAUCGCUUCUCGCCUCCACAUCUUUGUCCCUUGCAUCGUGUAUAAUACAGUUUUUUACCUUUUAUAGGUAAGAGAUGUAGAAAGCUAGAAUAGUAAUUUUUAUUUUCUCAUCAUUAUUAUUAUUAUCGUUAUCGUUAACCCUCCGCUUGCUGCUGUUCCUCCUCCUCCUUCAAUCCUUCUCACUCCAGUCUGUCUGUACCUCUGCUGCCUCUUUCCCUCUAAUUCCUUGCUUUAUUUAUUUUUAGCAUAUCCUCCUACUCCUAUUUCCCUUCUACUUUUACCAUUUACCCUCCUCAUAUAUAUAACUUUCUUUUCCUCUGCUUUCUUCUUACCCCUUUUACCCUCCUCCUCAUUACUCUAUUUUUCCGCUUUAUCCUCCUCCUCCUCCUCCGUGCCCCCUCGCCUCAGGCCGUAGCUGUGUCGUGUUAGUUGUGUUCGGCGAGGCACACACUCGGCAUCGGCGGCGUAUCAGUGACAGCAACAACUCCUCUUCGUAUAUACCGUAUAAUGAAGCACUGUAGCCAUCUAUUUUCAUGUAACUACAAAUAAAUAGAUGAGAAAACGUU